UGUAGCUGCCCAAGCCACAUCUGCACAGCCUUGCACCCGGAGGGACCAUGUCGCGGCUCAGCUGGGGAUACGGCGAACACAACGGUCCUAGUCGUUGGAAUGAAUUUUUCCCUAUUGCUGAUGGUGAUCAGCAAUCUCCAAUCGAGAUUAAAACCAAAGAAGUGAAAUAUGACUCUUCCCUCCAACCUCUUAGUAUCAAGUAUGACCCAAGCUCUGCUAAAAUCAUCAGCAAUAGUGGCCAUUCCUUCAAUGUAGACUUCGAUGACACAGAAGACAAAUCAGUUCUGCGUGGGGGUCCACUGUCUGGAAGCUACAGGUUGCGACAGUUUCACCUGCACUGGGGAUCUGCUGAUGAUCACGGCUCUGAGCACAUGGUGGACGGAGUGAGGUAUGCUGCAGAGCUCCAUGUUGUUCAUUGGAAUUCAGACAAAUACCCCAGCUUUGUGGAGGCGGCUCAUGAGCCAGAUGGACUAGCUGUCUUGGGAGUAUUUUUACAGAUUGGUGAACAUAAUCCCCAGCUGCAAAAGAUUACUGAUAUUUUGGAUUCUAUUAAAGAAAAGGGUAAACAAACUCGAUUCACAAAUUUUGACCCAUUAUCUCUACUCCCGCCAUCCUGGGACUACUGGACAUAUCCUGGUUCUCUUACAGUUCCACCUCUUCUCGAGAGUGUCACGUGGAUCGUUUUGAAGCAACCUAUAAAUAUCAGCUCUCAACAGCUGACCAAAUUCCGCAGUCUCCUAUGUACAGCCGAGGGCGAAGCAGCAGCUUUUUUACUGAGCAACUAUCGCCCACCUCAGCCUCUGAAGGGUCGCAAAGUGAGAGCUUCUUUCCAUUAAGUGUUGUCACCAAUGGAUCACCCCAAACAUGAUUGUGGAGGAACAACAAAACCAAACAAAAUGCAAAAGUCCCUACUUACUAAUGGCUAUUUCCUCGAAUUCCAAGUUAUGGGUAUUAUUUGACUAUCAGCUUCAGCACCACAAAGAAAACCUGAUCUCUUCAGUCAAACUAACUUACCCAUCUUGGAUUUGCACUUGUAGCAUUCAAUUAGAAAACAUGGUUUGAUGAGUACUAAACUCCUUGAAAGGGCCUGCUGAUGGUGUGGUGUUGGAGUGGUUGCAUUCUACAUGGCCAACUGCAUGAGUCUGGGACCUGGUGGUUGGAGAAACACGCGGGGCACAUGUGUGUGCGUGACCAGAAUCCUGAGAGGAGAAUGGAGGAAAAGGGAUGGCAGCAUGCUCAUCUCCCUGAUGGGUGCUUUCUUGUUUUCCCUCUUUCUUUUUCUGUCUCUCUAGCUAGCACAUGUGCCCUGUAGCUAAUUAAAAACAAACAAACAAAUCCUAGAAAAAUGUCUACUUCAACCUGUGUGAAAACAUGACUGACAUUGCAAACCUUAGAAUGUAUUAAAAUGUUUACCUUGUCAUAGAGACUGAAUUGGUCACUCCAGUGACGUUAGAUGAGAAACUGAAAGUCAUUUGCCAAAUGAUAAGUUUGUGGUACCAUUUUCUAAACAAGUCAUUCUGCUUAAUAGUUUGAUAUUAUUCCAAUUCGUAAGUAGUAGAUAAUAUUUCCUUUUAAAAUAAUUUUUUGCUAUGAUUCUGUUGCUGAUAGUCAUUGCAUGAUAUCUUUAAUAAAGUGAACAAAUUGGGAGUUAGGGGAAUGGUAUGUAGCUACUUUAUGUGUCCUCUCCACUGAUCAGAAAUAGCCCAUACAGUUUUGAUGAGGACUAUUUGUGAUGGUUUACAUUAUAACAAAUUAUGCCAUGUAUCAUAUUCACUUGGUAAGGUUGAUGGUGAACUGGCUGAUAAUUGACAAGAUGCAGUGCUUUGCAUUUUGUAGCAUUGGCAUGGUGAAGCUAACAGAUUACAUAGCACUAGCUCAGGGACAGAUGCCUGCAGGCAAGAUGAAUGGGUUGGCUGCUUUUUGCCUUAUGUUUUGGCAACAGAGCAGGGAACAUCCCUGUGUGGGUCAUGGUUUGUCAGUUGGUAGAAAACAUUACUUGAAUUUCAUAGGAAUACACAGUUGGCUUAUAAACUCCUCAACUCAUUUCCAUGGUAAAGGGCACAUUCUCUUUUGCAUAUAGCUCCAUUCUCUUAAAUAAUUUUUGAAGGGGUGCUUGAUAUCAAUUUUUGUCUAUUAUCUCCUAUUUGUUUUUUGUUUUUGGUGAAGGAGGAUGGGGAUGCUGUUUCUUUUGCUCUUUCUGGUACAAAUGGAGUGACACUAAACAUUCACUUAAUAACUAUAGUUAAAACUUGAACAGAAGCUAUGCUCCUGUCACCUUCUGAGAAAUGUUUACCUGGGUUUCCUUGAUGUUGAUUUCUUUCAGAUAUCUCUUUUCUUCUGGAUGUAGAUUUUAAUAAUUGAAAUUGUUUUGCAAUAUUCUUCUUGAUAGAAUAACUGAGUGUUAGUAAAUUGUGUAACAAUAAUGUAUACAAUGUUGCAUAAGAUGAACUGAAGAUGAAAGCUGUUAUCUUGGUAAUUGUUAUUUUCUGUUUGUCCAGCUUGCAGGCUUGAAAGAGAUUGAUAUUGUAACAAGUAUUAAAUGAAUUAAAGUGUUAAGAACA